CCGCGCCUGCAGCGCCCUCUCCAUCCUCUCCGUCCGGAGGCCGCUCCCUGUGACGAAUCUGCCGGUGCACCAAGCCGAGCAGCACCGAAAGUGCGGCCGCGGGUUGAAGGGAGGCUGGGUUUACUGGGCGGUCUCCAUGGCGGCGGCGGGCGGCGGUACCGGGGCCCUCAACAAGGAGGAGAAAUACGACCGGCAGCUGCGGCUGUGGGGCGAUCAUGGACAGGAGGCUCUGGAAGCUGCUCGUGUGUGUCUGAUUAAUGCCAGUGCCACCGGUACUGAAAUCCUGAAGAAUCUGGUGCUUCCAGGAAUUGGAUCGUUUACAAUUGUGGAUGGCAGAGCUGUUGCCGGGGAAGAUGUUGGCAACAACUUUUUCCUAACAAAAAACAGCAUUGGAAAGAGCCGAGCACAAGCAGCCACGGAAUUACUGCAGGAGCUGAACAGUGAUGUCAGUGGAAACUUCGUGGAGGAGAGCGUGGAGCAGUUGCUGGAAAAUGAUCCCACGUUCUUUCUCGGAUUCAGCGUGGUCAUUGCCACUCAACUCGCAGAGAAUUCACUGCUGCACCUGUCGACUGUGCUGUGGGCUGCUGAUGUUCCACUGCUGGUGUGUAGAACGUAUGGUUUGGUUGGCUACAUGAGGCUGGCUGUAAAGGAGCACCCGGUUGUGGAAUCGCACCCAGACAAUGCGCUGGAAGAUCUGAGACUGGACAAGCCUUUCCCACACCUGAGGACUCAUGUUCAUGAGUAUGACCUGAAUAGUAUGGACAAAAAGGAUCAUAGUCACACACCGUGGAUCAUUGUGGUAGCCAAAUACCUGGAGAGGUGGUGUGAAGAGCACAACAAUCAGUUGCCAAAAACCUACAAAGAAAAGGAAGCAUUUCGAGAGUUAAUACGACAAGGAUUGUUGAAGAAUGAUGAUGGAACACCAGAAGAUGAAGAGAAUUUUGAUGAAGCCAUCAAAAACGUCAACACAGCAUUGAAUCCCACCAAGGUCCCAAGCAACGUAGAAGAACUGUUCAAGGAUCAACGAUGCACUAACGUCAACACACAGAGUUCUCCGUUUUGGAUCUUAAUGCGAGCAGUCCAACAGUUUGUAGAGAAGGAGGGCCUGGGCAAUCUCCCAGUGCGUGGCACUAUCCCAGACAUGAUAGCGGACUCCAGCAGAUUUAUUAGGCUGCAGAAUGUAUACCGUGAGAAAGCAAAGGAAGAUGCCUCUAUUAUAAGUGACUACGUGACUGAAAUAUUGGGAUCGAUCGGUAGGCCUCUCGAGACCAUCUCUGAAAAAGACAUUUGGCUUUUCUGCAGGAAUGCUGCUUUUCUACGACUUGUACGGUGCCGGUCACUGGCAGAGGAGUUCAAUGCAGAGAGCACCAACAAGGAUCAAAUAGCUUCAUGUAUGGAGAAUCUUGACAGUGAAAUGGUGUUGUACAUCAUGCUACGAGCUGUUGAGUACUUUCAUAGGCAACAUGGUCGAUACCCAGGGGUUUAUAAUAACCAGGUUGAAGAGGAUAUCGGGAAGCUGAAAUCGUGUGUGAUCAGCCUGCUGCAGGAAUGGGGUGUUUCGGUAUCCGUGAAGGACGACUAUAUCCACGAAUUUUGUCGCUAUGGUGCUUCAGAACCACACGCUGUUGCUUCAUUUCUGGGAGGAACUGCUGCUCAAGAGGCCAUCAAGAUCAUCACAAAGCAGUUUGUACCUUUCAAUAACACCUUUAUUUACAACGCAAUGUUACAGACAUCAAUGACUGUGCAACUGUAGGGCCAAUAGCUGGUAGUGUAUGUGAACACGACAACAGCAAGCCCUGCACCUCCGGGAUAUUUUAUCAAGCGCUCUAUGUAACAUAAAAUUCAAUUAAGUUAAUAAAAUAUGUUUGUUGAAAAGUG